UCAAUCACGUGGGAUGUUUUGUCCAAUCAUAAUUCAGCACAAAAGUACCGGGGCAAACAACACAUUGUAGAUAAAAUGCUUCGUGUACUCUUUUAAAAUCAAUUAAAAGAAGCAUUCAAACUUUUAGAAACAAUACAGGAUACAAUUCACAUCGGGUUCAUAUUACAUCUCCCUUUAUUCCGGUUUUAAAGACUGAACGGAAUGGAUGCUGAGGGCUUUGGAGAGCUGUUGCAGCAGGCAGAGCAGCUUGCUGCGGAGACUGAAGCCGUGUCAGAGCUGCCUCACGUUGAGAGAAACUUGCAGGAGAUCCAACAGGCUGGAGAGAGGCUGCGCUCCCGCACCCUGACACGCACGUCUCAGGAUGCUGCUGAUGUCAAAGCAUCAAUUCUCCUGGGUUCCAGAGGUUUGGAUAUAUUCCACAUUUCACAAAGGCUUGAAACCCUGAGUGCUGCUACAACCUUUGAACCCCUGGAACCAGUAAAAGAUACAGACAUUCAGGGCUUCUUAAAGAAUGAAAGGGAUAAUGCUCUCCUGUCAGCCAUCGAAGAAUCCCGGCGCCGGACGUUCCUGCUGGCGGAGGAGUACCACCGGGAGUCCAUGCUUGUGCAGUGGGAACAAGUGAAGCAGAGAGUUCUACACACACUGCUUGGAGAAGGGGAAGACGCUCUGGACUUCAGUCAAGAUGUGGAGCCCAGCUUUGUGAGCGAAGUUUCAGCACCUGGAAGAAGUGCCCUGGAUAGUACAGAAGUGGCUUAUGGACGGCAGAUCUACAUUUUCAAUGAGAAGAUAGUGAAUGGCCACAUACAGCCAAACCUCGGGGACCUGUGUGCUGCCGUCGCAGAAAGUCUUGAUGACAAGAAUGUGUCCGAUCUCUGGUCCAUGGUGAAACAGAUGACUGAUGUGUUGCUCGUUCCUGCCAAAGACACUCUUAAAAGUCGCACUUCUGUGGAAAUGCAAUUGGCUUUUGUCAGAAAGGCACUCACUUUUUUGGAAAACAGCUACAAAAAUUACACUAUGGUGACUGUGUAUGGAAACCUUCAUCAAGCUCAGCUGGGAGGAGUGCCAGGAACAUACCAGCUUGUCCGCAGUUUUCUCAACAUCAAACUACCAGGACCACUGCCUGGCAUGCAGGACGGUGAGAUUGAGGGCCAUCCAGUGUGGGCUGUCAUUUACUACUGCUUACGCUGUGGAGACCUGAACGCAGCCAUGCAGGUGGUGAACAGAGUGCAGCAUCAGCUCGGAGAUUUCAAGACCUGGUUUCAGGAGUACAUGCACAGUCCUGACAAGCGGCUCUCUCCAACAUCUGAAAACAAACUUCGGCUUCACUACCGCAGAGUGCUGAGGAACUGUGCUGACCCAUACAAGAGAGCUGUCUACUGCUUGAUUGGUAAAUGUGAUAUCAGUGAUAACCAUGGGGAGGUGGCAGACAAAACCGAAGACUAUCUGUGGCUUAAGUUGAACCAGGUGUGUUUUGAUGAUGAUAGCAGCUCUCCCCAGGACCGGCUCACUCUCCCACAGCUGCAAAAACAGCUUCUUGAAGACUAUGGAGAGUCUCAUUUCUCUGCGAGCCAGCAGCCCUUCCUGUACUUCCAAGUGUUGUUCCUGACGGCUCAAUUUGAGGCAGCUGUGGCGUUCUUAUUUCGUGUUGAGAGGCUCCGCAGCCACGCCGUCCACAUUGCUCUGGUUCUUUAUGAGCUACGACUGCUUUUAAAGGCGUCAGGGCAAAGUGCUCAGCUCUUAAGUCAAGAACCCGGCGAUCCCCCUAUGGUACGUCGACUUAACUUCAUUCGCCUGCUUAUGCUUUACACUCGCAAGUUUGAGUCUACUGAUCCACGGGAAGCGCUCCAGUACUUUUAUUUCUUACGCAAUGAGAAGGACAGCCAAGGAGAAAACAUGUUUAUGCGUUGUGUUAGCGAACUUGUUAUUGAGAGCCGUGAGUUUGACAUGCUGCUGGGGAGGUUAGAAAAAGAUGGAAGCAGGAAGCCUGGAGUCAUAGAUAAGUUUGCUGGAGAUACAAGAGCCAUCAUCAGUAAAGUGGCCCUUGAGGCUGAGAACAAGGGUCUGUUUGAGGAGGCAGUCAAACUCUAUGAGCUGGCCAGAAAUUCAGAUAAGGUUUUGGAGCUCAUGAACAGGCUGUUGAGUCCAGUGAUUGCACAGGUCAGCGCUCCCCAGUCCAACAAGGAGAGACUCAAAAACGCAGCGGUGGCCAUAGCUGAAAGGUACCGUUCUCAAGGUAUAUCAGGAGAGAAGUCUGUGGAUAGUACUUUCUAUCUGCUUUUGGACCUAAUGACAUUCUUUGACGAGUACCAUGCAGGACACAUUGACAGAGCUUAUGAUGUGAUGGAGCGUUUGAAGCUUUUACCUCUCAGUCAGGACAGUGUGGAGGAGAGAGUAGCUGCCUUCAGGAACUUCAGUGAUGAGGUGCGCCAUAACUUGUCAGAAGUGCUACUGGCCACUAUGAAUAUUUUGUUUACGCAAUACAAGCGUCUGAAGGGUGCACCAGCAGGGACCCCUGGACGAUCUCAAAGGACCAUAGAUGACAGAGACGUGCAACUGCGCAGCCAGGCCAGGGCGCUGAUCACCUUUGCUGGGAUGAUUCCUUACAACAUGGCGGGGGACACCAAUGCAAGGCUGGUGCAGAUGGAGUUACUAAUGAACUGAGACAAUACACAUAAUUCAUGUAAAAAAAAAAAAAAAAAAAAGACACAUUGCUUUUUGAUUUUUGUGUUAAAUGGCUGCUUUCAAUCCAUUCCUCCUGUCAACCCCACCUUUUCUUAUUGUCCUAUUUCGUUGUUUAUGU